UCUCAUUAUGUCGAGAAGUUGCUCAAGAAGUUUGAGCAUUUGGAUAUUAAAAAAGCAAACACCCCUUAUUAUGCUUCUUUCAAGCUUUGUGCAAAUGAGGGAAGGAUUGUUGCACAAGUUGAGUAUUCUAGUGCUAUAGGAAGUUUGAUGUAUGCAAUGGGUUGUACUAGAUCUGAUAUUGCAUUUGCAAUGUGCAACUUUUUUAGAUUCACUAGCAAUCCUAGUGUUGAUCAUUGGAGAGCUAUAGGAAGAGUCAUUGGUUAUUUUAAGAAAAACCAAAGAUUUGAGACUCUUCUAUAGCAACUUCCCCGCUGUACUAGAAUAAUUUUUUAUGCUAGUUGGAUUACGAGCUCUUAUGAUAAUAAAUCUACAACAGGGUGGAUUUUCACAAUAGGUGGUGAGGCUGUUUCUUGGGCUUCCAAGAAACAAACAUGUAUUACUCACUCCACAAUGGAAGCUGAGUCCCUAGCCCUUGAGGUUGUUGGAAAAGAGGCAGAAUGGCUAAGAAAUAUGUUGUUAGAUAUAGAGUUGAGGCCACAAUAAAUGACAACCAUUUCUAUCUUUUUUGAUAGUGAGGCUACAUUGUCUAGAGCUUAUAACAAGAUUUACAAUGGUAAGUCUAGACACAUUAGUCCAAGAAAUGAUUAUGUUAGGUAUUUGAUAACUAAUGGAAUAAUUUCUAUUCUGUAUGUAAGGUCAUGCAAUAAUUUGGCAAAUCUUCUUAUGAAAUGAUUGCCAAGAGGCAUGAUCUAUGAGACAUUUUGAAUAGUCAGAAGUAAUGGGAACUCAACAUUUUCUUUAGUUAUUUAAUUGCAAGUUACUCUAAAUGUAGUACUAAUUUAUUGUACAAGUAAAUUAAUUGCAAGUAAGGUAAGUUAUAGAACUCUUAAUGAUGUUCAUUGGAAUGUCACUUAUGUGAGCAUUGAGAGUGGUGCCGCUCUAACAAAAGUAGAGUCAACUUUUGUGUAUGCUCAUGAAAUAGGCUUAGCACAUAGCUAUAAUAGUGCUACCCUUGUUGGUGGUUGUGUUUUAGAGAAGAGACAGGUAAGUGUGUGACAUCUCUGGUUCUAGCUUUGGAUCGUGACUCCUAGGCUUCAGCCCGUCACUGGUUUGCUAUCAAAUCUAAGUUGCCUACACUAGGUAAAAGUUCAAAUAGAAAAGAUACAUUUAUUUUAUGUGUUACUUGUUCAAUAAGGUAUUUUCAAAGAUUGUUGACUUAGUGGGGGAUUGUUAGAGUAGUCAACAAAAAGCAAAAUACCACAUUGGUGGAAGAAGGAAAAUCCAAGUGGUUUAUAACUUAACUACCUACUUUAUUUUAUUGAAUAAAGUAAUAAGUGGGUUUUGGUUUAAGUGUGUGCAAUUUAAUUUGACAUAUUUAAUCGCACUACGCACUUAGCACGAGGCGUUCAAACUUGAUUUUUUGGCUAAUUAAUUUUAUAAAUUACUUGUUGCUUAAUUAAUUGAUGUUUGAUUUUUGUGAAACGACACGACCCUUUGGAAGGGAGCUGUCGUUUUCACAAUAAAAGACUUCUGUAGCCAGACUUCUUUUCCAAUGUUCAUCUUCUUCUUCCCAUUUUCCUUUUCAAACACACAAACACAAAACACAUAAGUCAGAAAGAUUGCUGCUUUCGGACUUUGAUUGCAGGGACUGCUGGGAGUGAUUUGCCUAAUUCCUACUAGUAAUUCGUAGUGGGGGCAAAUAACACUCUAAUGAGAGUGAUCUAAUCACGCCUUCAAGCUUUUGAAUUUGUUGAGAGCAUGGUGGAAUUUCAGUAAGUUAAACCUGGUUCAACCGGUGACUGUCAUGAGACCGGCGUGCGUGAAUACUACUGGUGAACACUAAGUCCCUGAUGGAGAUUGAAAUAAGACACCACCUCUUGCAGCAAAGCCCCCAUCCUACUGUCCCUUGUAUCAGAUUGAUCGAUCUUAUCAAUCACCGAUCGAACCAUACUGAUUGAUAAACUCGUACAAUGAAGUAAUUGGGUUUGACAACCUUGAGAGCAAGUGGAUAAAAAAAUAUAAGUUGAACACCUUGGUGCACUUUUUUGUGCAGUCCAAGCAGGUCACAAUCACAAGAUAUAGUGGAGGGACGGGAUACGGUGACAACCAAGGGCAUUUUGGGUAUAAAAAGGAAUAUAUUAUUUAAAUUUUUUGUAUUAAUUACAUUGGGAAUUAAAAACCCAUAUUACAUACAAGUUUUUUGGAAAUUUAAAUCCUAUACAUUAAUAUCUCUCUCUCUUCCUUUCUCCAGCGGCCACCCUGCAUCGACCGACAGACUUUUUCUCCGGUGAAAUCCUUCCGGCAGACUUUCUCCGGCGAAUUCUCUCCAGCCGAUUCUCUCUGGCAACCUGAAAAAAAAUGUACCAGUGCGUUAAAAAGUGUACCAGUCCAUUAGUAUACUGGUAAUGAUUUUUUUUCUAGUGGUACGCUACCAGUACAACGCUACCACUACCAUAUUGUAUCGUACCACUAGCACUAGUAGCGUACCACUAACACUGGUAGCGGUACUAGUAGAGAAUAACACAAAAAACCAUAUGGUAGUGGUAUUAGUUGAUAGUGGUACGCUACCACUACCAGCUACCUGAUGGUAGUGGUAGGUACAACUAUCACUGGUACGCUACAACCAGAAAAAUGGUUCCGCUAAAAAAUCAGAUCUAGAAAAGGGGAGCUGGUGACGGGAGAGAGAGGUAGAGGGGAGAGGGUGACCUCGCGACUGCAGUAGUGGUGGGAGACAAAGGGCGGCGAGAGGGCUCCGACAGGGAGAGGAUGAUUGUGCCGCGGUGGUGGGAGGCGGACGUUGCGACGGGUCGGCGGGAGAGAGUAGCAACAACAAGGGGUGGAGGGAGGCUGAGGAUGGCGGAGAUGGCGGCGGUAGAGGGCUCGACAGGCGGCUUUAGGAGAUAGGGGUGUCGACGCCGGCGGUGGAGGGCUGUGGCGGCGAAGGGCUCUGCGACGGUGAUGGUUGCGGGAGAGAGGGAGGAUGGAGGAAUAGAAUUUUUUUCUAUUUAUAUGGUAGGGUGAAUGAUUGGGUGUGAUAAAUUUUUUCCCUUCCAAAAAUACCCUUCUUUAAUCUUAACAGUUAAUUUGAAGAAAAAAAAAAGAAAGAGACAAGAGAGAGCAUAUCCAAGGGCUAUGAAGUGGGUUGUGAAUCUGACAAUUUCUUAAGCAAUUGUCACCGUAUCCCGUCCCUAUAGUGGACACUAGACAGUCAAGAUGAUGGCACGAGCAACCGCAGAAAAUCAAGUUGCCGCCUUGUUAUGGGCAAUUAAUUAUUGGAUCAGAUCAGACCAACUUGGUGGGCUGGGCUGGGUCUUUUAUUGUGCUGUUUGUGAUUAUGGAUCAACUUACGCCACGUCCUCAUUACUCUCUCCCAAUUCUCUUGCCAAAUCACCGGAUUAAGAUGGAUGAAUGGUCCCAUGUCGAUUUCUCCAAUUAGGGCAAUUCUAACUUCGAAAGUUGCAGUGCAAUAUUUGAUGAACUCGAAUUAUCCUAAUUUGAAGAAUGGAAUUUAAAAUAUUAGCAUGUUUCCCUUUUAAAUAGACUCGAUCUUGUAAUUAUUAAGCAGACAUCGUGCUCAAUUAGGACAAGAAAGCCCCCAUUUUCCAACAAGUGUACAAUGCAACACAAUAACCAGAGAAAUGCUUAAGCAAGGUAGAUUAACUAGCGGCCAUGAAACAAGGCCAAGUGUUGCGUUUUCAUGAGAUUCUGACUUGCAAAAAAAACCAAUCUUCUAAUUUCUACAUUAUCCUUAAUAUUUCUGAGCACCCUAAUGUAAUUUAGUUUGGCUUCAUUAAUUUAUAUUGAUUGCUUAAAUUAUGAAAUAAUCCAAUUAUAUUAAAAUCCGAUCCAUUAAUUAACUUCACUCAUCAUUGAAGUUCUAAAUUUCUAAUUCAGGAGGACAUUGAACAUUGCGUACUCCCCAAGGGGAAAAAGAGGAAAGUAGGGAAAAUACACCAAAAAUCUCUAAUUAAAAAGCAAAAUUUCUUUUCUUUCUUCCCUCCGUCCUUCCCUCUCCAUCUCCUCUCCAUCUCCCGUCCUUCUCAAUCUUCCCUCUUCUUCAUAAUUUGCAGAAGAGAGAAAAAGUUUACAGAAUAACCCAUCCAUACCCUUCCGACCCGAAUCCCCUCUCAUCAUCUAUCUUCCUCCUCGCUUAGCAGAUCGUUCCAAGGGAAAGAGCUUCCCUCCCCAAAAAAUUUGGCGGUUCCCAGAUGUCAUGAAGAACAUCUUGUGCUUCAUUUGCUCUUCCACCAUGAAACCCUCUGCUCGAUUCCUCAUCUCCCGAACCUCCAAAUCCUUUCUGGGUUCCGCCAAACAGCCCCUUAGAUCCAAUCGAACCCACAGCUCUCUCGGCAACACUUGCCGCCCUGGCCCCGCCACAAUCAUCGCUCCUCCGCCGCCGCCGACUCCGGCUCGGUUCAACCCCUACAGGCUCAUGUCCACCGUAUUCCGCCCCGGGUUCGCGCCGCCGUCGAUAGCUUUCGCGAACAGGGGUUCCUUUUGCGUCGCCUCGAGGGCGGUGGUGCGGCAGCAGCAUUCUACUUCGGUGGAGACGCGGGUGAACGAGAACAAUUUCGAGAGGAUUUACGUCCAGAAUGGAAUCGCCGCCGCGGCCAAGCCGUUGGUCGUGGAGAGGAUCGAUAAGGACGAGAACAUCCGUGAGGUCGUGAGCGUGGAGGAUGGUUCAGCCGAGGAAGGAGAUUUGAAUUUGAGGAACCCGGAAGGAGUCGAGAUCGUCAGCCCUAGGAGGGAAGAGAGUGAUAUCGAGAAGGAAGCGUGGAAGUUGCUAAACGACGCCGUUGUGAGGUACUGCGGGAGCCCCGUUGGAACCGUUGCGGCGAAUGAUCCUGGGGACAAGACGCCAUUGAACUAUGACCAGGUUUUCAUUCGUGAUUUCGUGCCUUCUGCGCUUGCCUUCUUGCUCAGGGGCGAAGGAGAGAUUGUCAGGAACUUCCUGCUCCACACCUUGCAGUUGCAGAGCUGGGAGAAAACAGUAGAUUGCUAUAGUCCAGGCCAAGGGUUAAUGCCUGCUAGCUUCAAGGUCAGAACUGUGUCUCUUGAUGGUGACAAGACUGAAGAAGUUUUGGAUCCAGAUUUCGGAGAAUCGGCCAUUGGCCGAGUUGCCCCUGUGGACUCUGGAUUGUGGUGGAUUAUUUUGCUGAGGGCCUAUGGGAAAAUCACUGGUGACUAUACAUUGCAAGAAAGGGUCGAUGUGCAAACCGGCAUUAAGUUGGUCUUGAACUUGUGCUUGGCUGAUGGAUUCGAUAUGUUUCCUUCUCUGUUAGUCACUGAUGGUUCCUGCAUGAUCGAUCGACGCAUGGGUAUUCAUGGGCAUCCUCUCGAGAUCCAAGCCUUGUUUUACUCAUCUCUACGAUGUGGUCGUGAGAUGCUUACGGUAACUGAUGGCUCAAAGAAUCUUGUGAGGGCUAUAAACAAUAGGCUUAGUGCUCUAUCCUUCCACAUUAGGGAAUAUUACUGGGUGGACAUGAAGAAGAUGAACGAGAUAUACAGGUAUAAGACAGAAGAGUAUUCCCUGGAUGCGACAAACAAGUUCAAUAUCUAUCCUGAGCAAAUCCCCCUAUGGCUCAUGGAUUGGAUUCCCGAGGAAGGUGGGUAUCUAAUUGGGAAUCUGCAGCCGGCUCACAUGGACUUCAGGUUCUUCACUCUGGGGAAUCUCUGGUCUGUGAUCUCGUCAUUGAGUACACCGAAACAGAACGAAGCUAUACUGAAUCUGGUAGAGGGAAAAUGGAACGAUAUUGUGGGACACAUGCCUCUCAAGAUAUGCUACCCUGCGUUAGAGAAUGAGGAAUGGCGUAUAAUUACUGGAAGUGACCCAAAAAACACAGCUUGGUCAUAUCACAAUGGUGGCUCAUGGCCAACCCUUCUGUGGCAGUUCACCUUGGCAUGCAUCAAGAUGGGUAGAAUCGAUCUAGCAAGGAAGGCAGUCAGCAUGGCCGAAUCAAAGCUUGGUGCUGACCGUUGGCCGGAGUAUUAUGACACCCGAACUGGCAAGUUCAUAGGGAAGCAAGCUCGACUCUACCAGACUUGGACCAUUGCAGGGUUCUUAACGUCCAAAGUACUGCUCGAAAAUCCAGAGAAGGCUUCAUUGUUGUUCUGGGAGGAAGACUAUGAGCUCCUGGAGAUGUGCGUUUGUGCACUGAGCAAGACCGGUCGGAAGAAAUGCUCCCGAGUCGCUGCCAAGUCUCAGAUUCUUGUGUAGCCAGCCAAGCAAUAUACAUCCAUUCAUUACUGUACAGCAUACAGAAUUUACUUAAAGGGUCUCUCAUGACCAUUGAAAAGGGAGGAUCAAAUUUUGGAGCUCCAUAGUUGUAAUCCUCUCCUACAAUAGUAGAGUAGCAGUAGCAGAAACUGGGAAUGCUAACUACCGUAUAAGGCAAGGCAUGGGAGCAUGUUCCCCGUCUUCCCAUUUAGCAGAAGUUGAUGGGGUUCCCCCCUGUUCUUCUGACAUUUUUUUGUUUAUCUGUUAACCACUUGAGCACCAUUGAUUAUGAAGCUCGUUUUGUGGAGGGAAGGAAGAGUAUGUUACUUAAGGAAAAUGUGUAGCAUAUAGUUUCUCCUCAAUCAUUCACUCUUGUACAUUACUACUAAAAUACACCUUUCAUAUCUGUAUAUUCUACAUAGUGUAUCCUCAUUUCAAUGUUUGAGACGAGAGCGGAUCCAGUGACUAGGGGGGGGGGUCCUUAGUCACUUGACUAAGCCCCUCCUAGCCAUUAGAUCUGGGCACUUCAAUCUAAUGGUUAAAAAGUGGGAAGGGCUAUUUAAUUAAUGACAGGGGUAGUU